AUGGAAAAAGUUACGGUGAAAGAAGUGAGAAAUAAAUGCAAACUCUCUCUGUUUUGUUUUUUUCUUCCUCCUUUUUUUUUUUUUUCUUUCCCAGCAAAAUCGAGUAGGAAACUUACUUUCCUAUAUUUAGCAAACGAUGUCAUCCAGAACAGUAAGAGGAAAGGUCCUGAAUUUACUAGGGAAUUUGAAUCUGUUCUUGUGGAUGCUUUUUCUCAUGUUGCCAGAGAAGCAGACGAGGGCUGCAAAAAGCCCUUGGAACGAUUGCUUAACAUCUGGCAAGAAAGGAGCGUGUAUGGCAGUGAGUUCAUACAGCAACUGAAACUCUCUAUGGAAGACUCCAAUAGCCCCCAAACUAAAGUUGCAGAGGAGAAGAAGUCUUUAAAGCGGACUUUUCAGCAAAUACAAGAGGAGGAGGAUGAUGACUACCCUGGGAGCUACUCGCCCCAAGACCCCAGCGCUGGGCCGCUGCUGACUGAGGAUUUGAUCAAAGCCCUACAAGACCUGGAAAAUGCAGCAUCAGGAGACGCAACAGUGCGGCAAAAAAUUGCCUCCCUGCCUCAGGAAGUUCAAGAUGUUUCAUUACUGGAGAAAAUUACAGACAAGGAGGCAGCGGAGCGUCUCUCGAAGACGGUGGAUGAAGCCUGCCUGUUGCUGGCGGAGUACAACGGCCGGCUGGCGGCGGAGCUGGAGGACCGGCGGCAGCUGGCACGCAUGCUGAUCGAGUACACCCAGAACCAGAAGGAUGUCCUGACGGAGAAGGAGAAGAAGCUGGAGGAGUACAAACAGAAGCUCGCUCGGGUAACCCAGGUCCGCAAGGAGCUGAAGUCCCACAUCCAGAGCCUGCCGGACCUGUCCCUGCUGCCCAACGUCACGGGAGGGCUGGCGCCUCUGCCGUCUGCUGGUGACCUCUUCUCAACAGACUAGAACCAGUGGUGUCCCCCCGUUUCCGUGAUUACCAGCAGAAGGGAGAAGACUGGUGUUGACUGGAAAGCCAGUCUUCCACGAUCUGCGGUAGGAAGGAACUCGCAGACCCUGCUUUCAACCUCUUGGCUGCUCGUGCUCACCCUCUCUCUGCGUACACUGGCUCAUGGUGAGGGGAGGAAGAGGAGCGAGUUUUUGUGAGCUCUGAAGGGAGUGGGGGUAGUCCAUAUAGGCAAACUUUUCUCAUACUUUUUCCAUACUCUUUAGUUGCUGUUUGCUCUUAGCACUUGUUACCCCCACAAAAGUCAUGAGAAUCAUGUACAUACACACCUGGAAUGUUUUCAAAGGAAGUUUGACCACACAACGUUUUUCCUCUGUAAAAGUAUUGUAUUAUUUCUGAAUGAGUCUGGUCCGUUGUAGCUGGGUUUCUGGACCUCAUCUCUGAGAGCAGUAGGGGCUGGUGGGCGUCGCAGGGACCUGCGAGUGCAGGUGCUGCGCCACGGCAGCGUGAGGAGGCGGCAUCUCCUGAGCAGCGGUACAGAGAAAUGCCUUUCUUCCAUCCACAGUUCUCGUGCUGCUGGGGACUGACACGGAGAGAGGUCCCAUUUGGCAUGUACAUAAAUUGAAACUCACCACAGGCAAUAAAAAUAAGCAGCUUUUCUUUGUGAAUUAGAGCGCGCUUCAUAAUUUACACUCUGCUGAGCAAUGCAGAACUGGAUAUUACCUAAAUGAGAGUGGAAGUAAAUUUUGUUCUAGCUACCUUAGAUUUAUACCACAUUUUUCCUCUUCAUUAUACAAAAUCGGAUGGCCACAGAGGCUGAGGGUUGGAGUGGUGCAUUGCAACUGCUGAGAUCCCUGUGACAGGCACUGUCAGAUCUACGCUCAGGAUGGUUACACUGCAAAUACUGUUCUAUGAAUUCUCUCCAUAGCUUUAGUGAAGUUAUUUGAUGCACAGAAGUUAAAUGUGGUAUAAAUAUUUAUUUAUAUAGAAAAUAGACCCAUUUAUAUGCACAUAUCCUGUAUGCAUAUGUACCAUGUCCAUGCAUGUAGAUCAUAGAAGGAUGUACUUAAUUUUAUGUCACAGACUAUUGUGAGUCGAUUUUUAUAAUUGGAAGAAGUUUUUUAAAAAAAAAAAAGGCCAAUUUACAGUACUCUUAAUUCCAUUAGGUUGUUAGCUAACGUCUCGGCUGCCGUGGAUGUAGUUACAUUGCAGUUUUGUGUAGGCUCUGACAAGCUGGACUCUGAUCACUGAAAACCAUUCCAAUUUGGGUAACGAUUCUGUUUAAAUUUAGCACCUCUCACUAUAAAACGUUUCUGGAAACACUUGAUCCGAUAAUGCAGGUUUUGUAACACAGAGGCUGCCGUUAGUUGAUGUGCUGUGUUUGUGCCUCCCUGUAGUCUUAAGCUGCUGUUGUCAAAGACAUGAGAGGAAACCUACAGAAAUGCAACGCUUGCUCUGCGUCCUCGGUAAUUUAUUUUACAGGGUAUUCAGUAGGCUAUUCAGCAUUCAGUUAAAACAAAUAAUACAGCAUUUUUUUUGGUCAUUAGGUUGUUAAGAAGCUCACGUCUGUUUCUUACUGGCACUUCAUUUUGUCCUUUUUUUAAAACACCCUUACUGCCCAGCCAAGAAAUGUGUUUUUUCUCUUUAGUUUACAGGAAGUUUUCCAGUGGCAGAACGCUGCUUUCCGUGAAUUGGUUUGAUCGUACAGCCUUUUAUGGUCCAAACGUCAUUUAGAUAAAACACUGUAUAUUCUCUCUGCUUUUGCCAAAAAUGAAAAACAAAAACCCCACCGAACCUCGCAAACCCAAACCAAAAGACUCAUUUCUAUCCUGUCCCAGCUCAUGGAAUUACCCAGAGGCUGUUUCAACCAAUAAUUGUUUCGACCAUUGAUUGAAUGUUUAUCCAUUCUAGAACAAAAAAGCUGUCAUAGAAAAAAUUAUGUAGACAAAUGUGUUGACAUCUUGCGCUGUUGUUUUGGGCAAAUCUUCUGUGAGAGAGUGGUAUGUUUUGUUUUGUUGUUUUUUUGGGUUUUUUUUUUAAUUGAAAUGUUUUGAUUUUUUUUUUUCAAAUAUAUGUGUGUGGUUUAUUUUGCUUAAUUUAAAUGAAGUCUUGUGGUUUUUAAUUUUAUUUGUUUCACUCUUUUGGGCAAAGGGCAUCUGGUGAACUGGGUGACAUUCUCUCAAGGUUAAACAGAUUUCCCCAAGGUGUGUCUUUUUUUAACAAAAGCUUAAAUCUGUAUAUGAAUUGAUUUAGGAAUUAAUUUAGACAUAUAGGCUGCCAUUUGUGACAGCAGUAUAUUCUGAAAUGUCUCAUAGAUAUCUAUUUUUGAAUAAAGAGGGUGUCGUUGAA